ACCAUGGCCUCUUGUCUGUCAGUCCUGCUGCUCUUGUGUCUAGCAGGUGCAGUGUCCGGGCAACUGUCGCCUACAUUCUACUCCAGGUCGUGCCCGAGAGCUAUGUCCAUCAUCAGGGCCGGUGUGAGAGCUGCCGUGGCGCAGGAGCCUCGCAUGGGAGCCUCCUUGCUCAGGCUUCACUUCCAUGACUGCUUUGUCCAAGGGUGCGACGCGUCCGUACUGCUGAACGACACGGCCAGCUUCACCGGCGAGCAGGGGGCCAACCCCAACGUCGGAUCCAUCAGAGGCUUCAACGUCGUCGACAGCAUCAAGGCGCAGCUCGAGGCGGCGUGCAAGCAGACCGUCUCCUGCGCCGACGUCCUCGCCGUCGCCGCCCGCGACUCCGUCGUCGCGUUGGGCGGGCCGUCAUGGAGGGUUCUUCUCGGGAGGCGGGACUCGACGACGGCGAGCUUGGCUCUGGCGAACAGCGACCUGCCAGCUCCCUUCUUCGACGUCGUCAACCUCACCGCCUCGUUCGCCGCCAAGGGGCUGAGCCAAGCCGACAUGGUCGCCCUCUCCGGUGCGCACACGAUCGGGCAGGCGCAGUGCCAGAACUUCAGGGACAGGCUCUACAACGAGACCAACAUCGACUCCGCCUUCGCGGCGGCGCUCAGGGCCAGCUGCCCACGGCCGGCGGGCAGCGGCGACGGCAACCUGGCGCCGCUGGACACCACGACACCCAACGCGUUCGACAACGCCUACUUCACCAACCUGCUGUCGAACAAGGGGCUCCUGCACUCCGACCAGGUGCUGCUCAACGGCGGCGGCGGCGCCACCGGCGGCCAGGUCCGGUCGUACGCGUCGAGGCCGUCGAGGUUCAGCAGGGACUUCGCGGCGGCCAUGGUGAGGAUGGGGAACAUCAGCCCGUUGACGGGAACGCAGGGACAAAUCAGGCUCGUCUGCUCCAAGGUCAAUUAGUGAUGAACAAACAGAAAUCUUUGUGCUUGAGCUUGAGGGAACAAUAAGGCUAUGCCAUUAAAAUUGUGUUUUUUUUGUGCUCUGCACUGAUCAGUGAUCCAUCAUGUACAGCAACUCAUGCACUUUCUUGGAUCAAAAUGUGUUCGAGGAAGUGGCGUGCUUGCUACCGAUGUAUCUGAAGAGCCCUGGGGCAAAUGCACGCGAGAUUAAUUCCAUGUCCUUGUUCUU